AUGGCCGCCCGUCUACCGACUGACUCCACAGUGCUUUGAAAUUGAACAUUUCUGCAUAUUCUGCUUUACUCGGCAGCAACGAUAGUACUUCUUUACUAGCCAGUGGUAUGUUGCGCGUGUGUUUUCAUUAUAGUUCACUUACUUGACGUAUCCGCUCAGACGUCGCUGUUCUUGUAGCUUCGACGAAUGCCUCAGAAAGCUAAAAAGAAAAAACGCACUGAAGCACUUUAGCUAGUUAGCACGCUAGCUUUUCCUUAUAUGUGACUGCUGAGAAGAAAGGAUUAUCACGACCGGAGCAGUAGUUCAUGGAAGACAAGAAAAGGAAAAAAGAAGAAAAAAGGAAAAGGGAAGCCUCUCAGAAGGUUACAGAACAAAAGAACAAAGUGCUAGAUUUGAGCAAGCAGGCGUCUGCCCAUCCUCCUGCCACUCAGAGCAGCUCUGCCUCCCCCAGCCCUGGACCCACCCCCUCUGCAUCCCCAUCCCUAUCCACUUCAAGCUCUGGCAGUGCUGCCGCCCAGUCACAGGGUGGUAACAAUGCCAAGCGCCUCGCUGUGGCCAACGGACAGCCCACCUCCACCACCAGUUCUUCCUCUGCCACAGGCAGCACAAGUGUUACAGGGAACGGGAAUACAAGUAGCGGAGGUGCGGCCCAGGCACCUCAGCAGCAACCUCGCUAUAUGCCUAGAGAAGUGCCGCCGAGAUUCCGCUGCCAGCAGGACCAUAAAGUGCUACUGAAAAGGGGUCAGCCACCACUGUCCUCCAUGCUGCUGGGAGGGGGAGGAGGAGGGGAAGGCCCCAAUGCAAACAUAGCUGCUGUACCAGAUUCUGGUGCAGCUCCCUCCUCAUUGGUCCUCUCCUCAUCAUCAGUUGCUGCUUCUACCACUACUUCCAAUUAUGCAAAUUCCAUGUGGGGUGCAAGCUUAGGCAGCCAGGCCUCCUCUCAGGGCAGGGAGAAGGUGAUUGUAGAUGGGAAUGACCUGGAAGAGUGGCCCAGCAUUGCUGGAAGUGAUGGUGGAGGAGCUUCUUUCACUGUGGCUGGAGGGGGUGGCAGCGGAAGCAGCAGCAGCAGCAACAACAACGGGAUGCCUGUGACCAGCACUAGUGCCUCUGGCAACCAAUCCUCAUCCACUUCCCUAUUCUCUUUGCCCAAUGAAUGUAUGCAGUCGUCCAGUAGUGUGGCAUGGGGGACGGCUGCCUCCCAGGGCCAUCUUGGAGGAGGAAAUGCAGUAGCUUCAGCUGGGCCUGUAUUACAACAGUCCUCCUCAGUUUCCAAAGCUGCCGCUGUGCCAGGAAGCCAUGAUGCCAGUGGCCUCGUUGACUGCAGCAGUGGCAUUCCGGGUGCCAACUUUAAUCCAAAUGCCAACCCUUCGGCCUGGCCUGCCUUGGUGCAACAGGAUGGGCCUGGUGUUGUAGGGGAAGGAGGUCCAUCCUCCUUCCAUCACCAGGGCCCUGGAGGGACUUUAUCUGCCAACAAUUCUGCUUCCGUAGGGCUAAAGGCUGGGGCAGUCGGGGUGCUAGGGAGUCACCAAGCUUUGUCUGUGAAUCAAUCAAGUACUCAUCAGCACCAACUUCACCAAAUGCAAUCCAGAGACAGAGAGAUAGGAGGGGGGACGUGGGAUAGUGAAUCAGCGGGACCAAAAAUUGCAGGAGAGGAAGGAGUUGCGGGAGGAAUGGGAGGUGGUGGAGACCACAAUCUUACUUCCUCAUGGAGAGGCCAGCCCUCUUACCCUGCAUCUAACUCCAAAACGGGUGCCUCAAGGACUGAUGGAUGGGAGGGCAGAGAGGGUGGCAUGGGGGCAUACAGAGCUGCUGAGGGGGAUAAGGGGUCAUCGGGUUGGGGUUAUCCGGGGCCCUCUAGCGGGGUUAAUACUUGGGGUAGUGCUGGAACUGGGGCAAAUGAUAGUCAAACUAGGGAAUCUCAGGGAGGGUGGGGGACAUCAGGAGUAGAAAAAGGGGCUUCUAGUGUUGAUUGGGGUGGGAAUUCUUCUGGCACUACUGGAGCUAGUCCUGGAGAUGUCACAGGAGGAGCCUGCAGCAGUAACAGCAGCAGUAGUGGAUGCAGCACAGCUGGCAAUCCUCCUGUCACCUCAACUGCUAUGAACAGAGCUUGGGACAAUCAGAAGGGAGAGGGGGAUACAGGGGAAUGGAGUGAGGGAGGACAUGGAGCAAGGGGAGGAUCUUUAUCCAGUGGUGGGAAUUCCAGAAGUGAAAGGGAAACUAAUGGCAGCCGUCCGCGGCGUCCGCCACCCGAUACUGAUGCUGCCUUACAGAACCUGCUCAGCCGCCCUGAUCUCGAUCCGCGGGUGCUAUCAAACACAGGCUGGGGCCAAACACAGAUCAGACAAAACACAGCUUGGGAUCUUGAUAAUCAAGCCGAACACAGUAAGAGUGCACAUUCAUCAACCUCUUCAAAACACCCAGCUUCUCUGGGAAAUUCUUCUCAGUAUUCGUCUGGACCCAGAAUCCUGAUUGGUGAUUCUAAUGGUCCAGGGGUCCACCCUCCCUUGCUUUCAUCUGCUGGCUCCUCUGGAGAGGGCUGGGAGACCAGCAGCAGUAGCAGUAGCAGUGGUGGGGCCUCUUUAUCUGGAAUCGCACCACCUCCUUCAGGCCCCGCCAUGAGUAACCAUGGUGUCUCGCAGUCUGGUACAGUGAUCACAGCAGGUACUGGUGGUGGGUCAGGAUCACUCGGACAUAACCAGCAAGGAAAGGCUACUGGUUGGGGUGCAGCAGGAAUGGGUGCUGUGGAUAAUCAGGAGACCAAAGGGUGGGGUAGUGAGGAAUGGCGAACCAGUAGAGGAAAUGGGGGUGGUUGGGGUGGUCUGGGGCAACAAGGUAACCCUGUGAGUACAGGCUGGGGAGGAAAUGAAGAGAGGGGAGCAGUAGGGUGGAAAGAAAUGGGUGGGGACGGGCGAGGAAGUGGAUGGGGCUCAGGGCAGAAGGUUGGGCCAAAUAGGGACUGGGGUGAGCAAGAGUCCAAAUCAAAUAGCAGCGGUGGGGGGUGGGAAGACGAACUGAAGAAUGGAGGCAGGAACUCAGGUGGGGACUCAGGUGUGGGUGGGUGGGGAAGCUGGGAUGAGGAUCCUCCACGGAGAUCCUGGGGAGUGGGUGGCACCGGGGCAGGAGGGAGUGGAGGUGUUACUGGGUCCAAACCCCAUCAAAGCUGGAGUGGAGGAAAUAAAAUGCACCAGAUGCCAAACAGCCAGUCAGGCUCCAUCACAGGCCUACAGGCACAACUGCAACAGCAACAAUCACAACCCCGCAAUCAGCCUCCACAGCUGCAGCAAGGAUUGGACCAAGGGGCUAUGCAAGGGGGUGGCGGGAGAAAACCAAUCUCUCAAGCCCAGAACCAAAGCUCAGGCUGGACCUCAGGGCCCAUCCCUGCUGGUCAUGGAUUAGGUGGAAGUGGAUCUGAACCGAGUGGUUGGGAGGAACCUUCCCCACAGUCUUUAAGCAGGAAAAAUGAAAUAGACGAUGGAACAUCAGCAUGGGGAGACCCAACCCAUUACAACUACAAGCCGGUUAAUCUGUGGGAUAAGAACAGCACCCCGGCUGGUCAGCAGCCACAUGGUCAAGGUCAGACUCAACAACAACAACAACAACAGGGACCUCCACCUUCGACACAGCAGCUAAAUAGACCUGCUGCAGGACCUGGAGGCAGUAGGGACUUCAACACUGGUCAUGGACAAGGAAAGGCUGCUCCAAUAGGUACCUCAGGUUGGGGUGGUACACCUCCAGCUAGUCCCACAGUAGACAAUGGCACAACUGCCUGGGGAAAACCUACAGAGGCCACUUCUGGCUGGGGGGAACCUGAUGAUGCUGGGGGGAAAACAGGCUGGGGAAACCCUCCUCCCAAUCCUAUCAAAUCUGGAUCAAAGUCUAUGCAAGACAGCUGGGGGGACAAAGAGGGCUCUGUGACGGCUUCACGUCACUCGAGCUGGGAGGAAGAGGAGGAGGGCGGGAGCAUGUGGAACAGCACUGGCUCCCAGGGUAGUGGGUCGUCUUGGGGACAGGGUAGCAAUGGUGGCUGGGGACAGAGCCACAAUGUCAAGAAGCCUAGCAACAAGGGGCCACACAAGGUUGGUGGAGGAGAUUCCUGGAUGAGCCCAAUAAACAGACAAUUCUCUAAUAUGGGGCUGAUGAAUGAUGAUCCGAGCGGUCCGAACAUUGACCUGCCUCCAGGCACUCUCCAGGAGAAGAAGAUGGAUAUGGACAAAAGAUCCAUGGGAAUGAUGGAUUACAAUGGCGACAUGAGGAAAGGAAGAGGGGGAGGAGGCAGCAUGGCUUAUCGUUCACCUGUUUCCAAAGAGGCAGCGCCUGGGGAUGCUGUUUCUUUUUAUGACAAGACCUUGCUUUUGAACAAUCAGGAUGGGUACCUUGGGGAGGAUGGUCCUUGCUCUCUGUUUUCACCACCCACUGCCUACAAGCCCCAUUCCCUCUUCAAUCACACUGUCCCCUUUAGACAAGGUGGCCACAGCCUCCUUGGCAGUAGUGGAGGGAUGUCUCAGCCCAGGCACCAGCCCAAUGUUCCACCCAUGAACCAGUCCCCAGGGAUACGAGCACAAGUGCCUCAUCAGUUCCUGUCACCUCAGGUGCCAGGCUCCAUGCUGAAGCAGAUGCCCCCUCCCAGCGGGAGCAUGGGGGGUGUUGGCGGUGUGGGAGGAGUGGCAGGAGUCGGCGGUGUGUUUCCUCCACAGCUGUCCCCACAGCAUAUUGCCAUGCUCAGCAGCAUCUACCCACCGCACAUCCAGUUUCAAUUGGCUUGUCAGCUCCUCCUCCAGCAGCAGCAACAGCAGCCACAACAGCAACUGCUGCAAAACCAGAGGAAGUUCACACCAAAUGUACGGCAGCAAGCUGACCCACAACAGUUGGCCAGGAUCAUGGCAAUACUCCAGCAACAACGCCAGCAGCAGCAGGUUGGGAGUUUAGGUAGCAGUGUCAAGCUCUCUCCCUCCCACCAUGGUGGAAGUGGUGCCAAAUUACAUGGGGCUGAUUCCUUGCCCCACCAGAACCCAGGAUCUGUGGCUGACCUGCACCCAAAAACGCUGGGACCCUACUCUGGCUUUAGUUCUGGUGUGAACCUCCCAGGUUUGGAUCUGGGUGGCCCUGUGGUGGGGGGGCCUGGAGGCAUAAAGGACAUGGGAGGUCAGCAAUCUCGUUUCAAAUGGAUGAUGGAGGGGCACUCCUCCCUGGACACAUCCUCACCUGAAAAUGCAUUCCACAAAAAUGGUCCUGUCGCCCCCAUGAAGAUGCCGGGGGGCUCAUCCUACUCACAGUACGACAUGAUUGUAGGAGACGCGCAAGGCAACACCAAUUGGCAUCGCACUCCUGGCAAGAUGAGUACCAAGCCCACCACCACGUCCAGCUGGCCCCCUGAGUUUCAGCCUGGUGUUCCCUGGAAGGGAAUAGAUCGGGUUGACCCUGAAUCGGACCCCUACAUGACGCCAGGGAGCAUGAUGGGAAACACAGUCUCUCCCGGGCUCAAUGAUACUGAGCACCAGUUGUUACAAGACAAUACUGAUUCCAUCCCUCCCCUAAACACCUUACUGCCUUCACCUGGUGCCUGGCCCUACAGUGCCUCAGAUCCCCUAAACAACGCACACAACUCAGCAAAGUACACAGACUAUAAGACUGGCUGGCCCCCCGAGCCCAUCGGUCACAAGUCCUGGAAAGCCAGUCGUGGCAGCAGCCAGGUGCAGCUGUCCCGCCCACCUCCAGGAUUAGCCAGUCAAAAGCAGAUAUCGCCUACCCCGUGGUCAGGCGGUGCCCCUCGACUGGCUGGCAGAGGAUGGAGCAGUGGCUCAGGCACCGCUUGCUCGGCGUGGAGUGACGGCAGCUCUCGGGAAAGUUGCUGGUUGGUGCUCAGCAAUCUCACACCACAGAUUGAUGGCUCCACGCUUAGAACCAUCUGCAUGCAGCAUGGCCCCCUGCUGACCUUUCACCUUGGCCUGACCCAAGGCAGUGCACUUAUCCGCUAUGGCUCCAUACAGGAAGCAGCCAAGGCCCAGAGUGCCCUCCACAUGUGUGUUCUGGGCAACACCACCAUCUUGGCGGAGUUUGUGAGUGAGGAGGAUGUGGCCCGAUACAUUACACAUUCCCAGGCUGGAGGGUCAGGGAGCGCAGGCACCGGCUCUGGCACCACCCCUGCACAGUCCUCUGCGGUGGGGACUAACGGUAGCGGGAGCGAGCUUAGUGGUGCAGGAGGAGGAGGGAGCGCGGGAGGAGGUGGAGAUGGAGGGUCUACAGCAGGGACGGGCGUACCCGUGGCAGCCGAAUCCACGUGGCAGACUCUGGAAGGCACAGGCAGCUCAUCGGACCAGUCUGCCCCCACCGCACCCGGCCUGGGCAUCUUCUCGCAGUGGAGCAGCAACAGUGGCACGGUGGGUGGAACUGGGGGCGUGGAGGCAGGAAGGCAAGGUUUGUGGGGGGGUAUGGGUGGUAUGAGUGGAGCGGGGUACCCCAGUAGUAGCCUCUGGGGUUCGCCAGCGCUCGAAGAUCGUCAUCAGAUGGGAAGCCCGGCCUCACUGCUGCCAGGGGACCUUCUGGGAGGGGGCGCCGACUCCAUCUGAAAGGCCCGCUUGCCGUGAUCAUGUUGAAAAUCAUCGCCACAACGUCUUGCUCUAUUUAUUUCCACACACAAAUGAUGUGAAUUGAAGCUACACUGGUCGCCCAUCACACAGGCUACAUGCAAUACAUUCUCUUAAUUUGACACAUAAAAUCAUCAACGUUCAAUGAAGACCACAGUGAAACUUGAAGCGGGUGGGGGGGAAACCCUCCCAAUCUGAACUGGGUAGUUCUGUCUUUUUACUCCACGACCCGAUCACUCAGGCAUGUACUGUAGACUGGCUCAGCCGAGUCCUACAUGUCAACACGUUUAGCUCUCGCUGUUCUUUGUGUGCUACAGUUGUCUUCCCCACCACCUCCUCCCCCCUCCCGGCCCCUCCUUUCGUAUUUAAUGUCGACGACUUGCAGACUGAGCCUUCUUAGACCUGGUCUACUUCUCUCUUAAGCGCUCAUGUUCGGAAGCUUGAAAGUGACAAAAGGAUCUAGAGUGUGUUGAAAAACGGGGGACUACAGCGCCACACUAUCAACUGGACCAGUGGAAAGGUUUUUAGAGAAGUAGAGGAGCAUUUUUACUCUGAACCGACACCGCUACCUUUAGUGGAAAUGCCAUCAACAUGGGGCCCAGGGUUAAAAAAAAAAAAGAGAAAAAAAAAACUAAACAUUAGCCAAACUUGCACUAUAAUGCCUCUGGGGUUUAUUGUUGACUCAUCCAAUAAAAAUCCCUCCACAACUAGACACCGACCUUACAGGACGACUUGUAAUGUUACAUCAGCAGUGGCCUUGGCCCACCUGCCCACACACACAUUCAUACAUACAUACACACACCACUUUCACACUGCUCUUACGUUUGACAAGCAAACUCUUAUCUCCUUGUGGAUGUACAUCAGUUGUCUCUCCGUUUGAAGAGAACUACGUGAAACUGUAGAGAUCUCUUUGUUCCCCAUUCAAACACUGACCUCGCUAUUGUAUAAUUUUUUUUUUUUCUUAAAGAAAUCAAGUUGGUUAUGAUAUAUUGUCCUGAUGUUAAUGAUGACUUCGGUCACUUAUUUACUCGCUGUUCAAGGUGCCCUCCUUGCCUGCCCUGUGUGUGCAUGACAGGAGCGUUGACGGUAUGACCGAAUGGAGGAUGAAGAACGUGACAAUAUCAGGAGUGUUUAAGCGUGUGUGUGCGUGUGUACCCGUGCGCGUGUGUGUUAUUGCUACAAUGUUGAAUGUUUUUCCUUUGUCCAUGAGAGAUUCAUCUGAGCGCGUAUGCGUGCACUUGCUUUUGACACUUAAUCUGCUUCAGUCAGGAAAGUGAAUAAGGUUUAUCUGACAGCUUGGCUUUUUUGAGACUGUGUGUUUGUACGAGCGUGCGUGACCACCAGACAUUGUGAUAGCUGAAAAGUUCAAAAACAUUGGCACUAUUGCAUGUCUCUUAAGUUUUUUUUUUUUUUUUUUUUUUUAAGCAGCGUUUUGUUCAUGUUCUUUUUCUUUCUGUCAAAUGAAAAUUAAGAUCAUCUGUUUUUAAGACGAAACAACCAACUGAAGGCAUUUCUGUUAAAAUGCCAAAAUCCUACCAUACAAAGCUCAGCUGGAAAGUGUUUUACAGACACGUUAAAGACAGUAGCUGUUAUGUUUUACUGUUUGUUUGUUUUGAUGUUAUGUAUCAAUUUAAAUUAAGUCAGUCUUUAUCACUCCUGUUCAGGAUGUUUUCAUUUAUUUCAAAUGUUACAAAAAGGAGAUGAAAUUAAUUUAAAGUGGAAAAGAACAAGAUAAUAAAGGUUCAAAUGUC